AAAAAAAUGGCAGUGAAAAAAGUAAAAAUCAGUAAUGUAAAACGAACAGCCCAUCUCAAAUCGAAAAAGAAAACCUUGACAAAAUCGCAACAGCAAAGGGCCAAUGCUAAAGGAGCCGCAAAAAAGCAAAAUAUAUUCAAUGCACCACCCAAACCUAGCAAAAAGGAUUUAUUGUUGAAACGCAAAAGCAAAUAUUACAAUGAACCCGAACCAGCUGAAGACGAAGAUGAUGACCAAAUUGUCGACAAUGUCAUGGACAUGCUCGAUGGAGAUGAUUUGGAAUACCUUGAAGCAGCUGGUGCCAAUAAACAACGUAAGAGAAAGCUUGCCGAUACAACAGUUGAUGCUGAAUCGGUUGGCAUUGAAUCUCGUUAUUCGGCACAGAAUCUUAAAGAAAAGUCUGAUAUGAAAAUUCAAAUCAACUUGUUGCCAAUCAAGAAUCGCGAUGGACAAAUUAUCAGUCGUACAACUGAAGUCGAUUACAAGCCUAAACCGAAAAUUGCUAAGAAAGACACAGAUGAGAAAGAAGAGGAAGAUGAUGAAGAUGAUAAAUCUGAUUAUGAAGAUAGCGAUGAUGAUGUUUUGUAUGAUGAGAGUGUAAAGCCAGCUCCAGCACAGAAAUUGAUUUCUACAACUGAUUUGCUUAUUCAUCGUCAGCAAGAAAUUGAAAGGCAAAAGUAUCGAAUUGGUAUUAUUUGUUCUGGUAUUCUUGAGAAGCCUGAAGAUAAGAUGAAGAAUUUUAAUGCGCUGUUUGAUUUAAUGGAAGAAAACAAUGAGAAUGGGACACCAAACUUGUUGACUGUUCGUAAAGUGGCAUUAUUAUCGAUUACUGAAAUUUUCAAGGACAUUCUUCCAGAAUAUCGUGUUGGGCAGGUUGAUACUAAGAUGCAAACAGUGCGCAAAGCAACAUUGGAGCGUGUUACAUACGAAAAUGCUCUUCUGCAGCAGUUCAAGAAAUUUCUUCAAAAACUUGAAAAAAUUACAGCUUCUGUGACAAAGCGUGGUGGCGGUCGAAUUACGCCACAAACAAUUAAAAUCGCCGAAGUCGGAGUAACAUGCCUAUGUGAACUGCUUGUAGCACAUCCAUAUUUUAAUUACGUCCAAAAUAUCGCUCAACUUUUGGUCUACAUGCUCAAUUGCAAUUUCCCUCGUAUGCGAGAGGAAGUCAACAAAUGCUUCCGAACUGUUUUCGCAACAGAUAAAAAGGUCGAUAUGACCUUGUAUAUUAUAAGACGUAUCAAUCAUCUAAUAAAAGCAAGAUCAAAUUUGGUGCAUUUGGAUAUGAUUACGUGUUUGUUGGCUCUGAAAAUCAAAAAUGUUAACCUUGAUGCAGAGAAAGAAAAUGAGCUUAAACAGAAAAAAUUGGAAUCGCAUAGGCAGCGAUUGCUGAAUUUAUCUAAAAAAGAACGCAAACGUCAUAAGAAGCUUAAGGAGCUUAACAAGGAACUAGAAGAGACAAAAGCUGAGGAGAAUAAGCAAUCGAAGCACUACAAAAUAACCGAGGUCGUAAAAAUGGUCUUCACCAUUUACUUUAGGAUAUUAAAAAAUGAUCCGAAUUCUAAAGCAUUGAGUGCAUGUUUGGAAGGACUUGCAGAAUUUGCACAUGUCAUUAACUUGGAGUACUUCUCUGAUCUGAUUGAUGUGCUUAAUAACAUCCUUGAAACUACAGAAUUGGGUUACAGAGAGCAACUGCAUUGCAUUCGAACGAUUUUUGUGAUCUUGACAGGUCAAGGAGAAGUGCUUAACAUCGAUCCGAUACGAUUCUAUGGCCAUUUCUAUAGAAAUUUAUUGGCAGUGCAUGCAGGAAAGAACCACGAAGAUUUCCAAAUAAUUCUUCGUACUCUUGAUGAUGUUUUAGUCAAACGACGUAAAAAUAUUACUCAACAGAGAUUGUUGGCUUUUGUUAAGCGUUUGUCAACAAUAAGUAUGCAUUUGAUGCACAAUGGAACAUUAGCUUCGCUAGGAACUGUAAAGACCAUAAUGCAACUUACAUCAAUGUUGGAAAUUAUUCUGGAUACAGAUACGAGUGUGGGAUCGGGACGUUUUGAUCCAGAAUUGGAAGAUCCAGAAUAUUGCAAUGCAUCAUGUACAGCAUUGUACGAGCUAACAAGGCUCGCUCGACACUAUCAUCCAACAGUUAGAAGAGUUGCUUUGCAUAUAGCUAAUGGAGUACCGGCAACCGGUGAUGGAAGUCUUCCACCAGAAAUUGGAAAAUUGACUCCUGAAGAAUUCUUUGAAAAAUAUGAUAGUUCACAAAUGGCCUUCAAUCCAACGAUUCCAGUUCCAAGGAAAUCGGAACCAAAAAUCAAAAAAGGAAAAUAUAAUUAUGUUGAUGUUUCGUUUAAAAGCUAUUACCAGUCAAUAAUGAAUGAAGCUAAAGUUUUGCCUAGAAUACAGCAAAAUUUUGAUUUCUUUUCAAAUUAUGAAAAAGGUCCAGAUAGUUUUAUGGAAAUUGAUGAUUAGGAAAAAAUAAAGUUUUUUUUUACA